CAAAGAUUCCCGGAUAAGUAGAACGUUCCUUCAUCGCUGAAUGUAUACGUGGUGACGAAAUCUUCGUUCUCCAGUGCUUCCUUCAUGUUGACAAAAAAAAAUCUAGUCGACGGGUGUUAUCCUCCGGCUUUAAUUGUUGCCGGAGCUACACAUGGUAUGGUUUGAAAUGCAACCGUUGACGCAAAAUCGUCCACACAAUUUUUUGUAGUAUUCCAAACAUCUUGUCAAUUGACAAGACGAACAUGUGGACAACAAUGCUACGAAAUAUAUAGAAUGAGCUCGAUUGUCUUGUCACCAAAUGGGCACAUAUUGAAUAUUUGUAGAGGGUAUAUGAACUUAAUGAGAUAUAAUUUGAUGGAAAAUAAAAAACAAAGCUGUGUUAUUCAGGGUGCUGAUUUGUGGAAAUUCUAUAAGCGACCACUUGACAGUACUGUGAAAGCAGGUGAUAUUAUUUUUAAAUUAUCCGAGGAGGAAGAGGAUGUUAGUACAGAUGUCUCUGACGGACAGGAAUCUGCAAAGUUUAUUUCUGUUGAAACCCAAACGGAUUAUAGAGAAAGUGAAGCACAAACUGAACCUUGGGAUCCUCCUUAUUAUGUGUGUAAGAAACAUAAUAUGCCAGAAGUGGUUUCCUUAAAACGCUUUUCUUAUGGAAAUGGUCUUCCAGCAACUGAAUUUGAAGUUGAACAUAUUCUUAAAACUCGUAAACAUCAAUUGUUGAAGUCACACAUAGGAGAAAAUAUUGAUGAUGCUGCAUUUUUAAAGAUGAAGCAACUAAUUUGCAGUCAGGUUAGGACUGAUUGGAACUACAGAAUUAGUAUGGAAAAUCAAUCACAGAUUGAAAGGCUGAAAAUUAUGCAGACAGCUUUAGCUGAGGAAAUAAAAAAGCAGUCACAGAAACAUCAGCAGCAGUUGAAGAAUAUUUGGACUAAAAAGAGGAAUGAAGCACAAGAGAGGAAUAAUAAAUUGAAAAAAAGGCUACAACUGAACUAUGAUUCUGUAAAGCAGCUGAAUAAAGAUGAUAAUGUUGGACUGAGGAUUGUAGAGAAGGAUAAAAAAAUAAAAAAUCUGAAUAUGCAAGUUGAAAAUUUGCUUUCAAGCUAUUGUUUCUCUCAUCCUGAUGGUUUAUCAGCUGUUAAAGAAUGGAUUCAAAGGCAAACAAAUAUUUUAGGAAAUGACCUUAUCUUGCCGAGGUUAGUCAAAAAGAAUAGAAGAGAGCAAUUAGCAGAAACGGCAUAUCAAAAUAUUUUGGCCAAAAAAAGGACUAAGCUGCCUCCUAAGGUUUUCCAUAAAGAUUAUGAUAGAGAAGAGAGUUCCACACCAUCAGAAAAAAGUGAAAUAGAAUUUGAAAUUUUAAAAUUUCCUGAAGAAAGGAUCGAUUUGGUUACAGUCUGGCAGCAAGUGUUACGAGGCUUAGCUUAUCAAAAACAAAUGUUGGAACUGAUUGAAAAGCAUAAAGCUGGAUUGGAAAUUUUAUUAGAAUAUCAGAAUUCAGGAGCAAAUGGUACAGAUAAUAAACAACAUUAGAAUAUUACUUCAAAGACUAAAAAAAACAAUUUUUAAAAUGUUGAUUCGCAGUAUUGUACAUUAAAAAUGGUUUAAAGGGAAAUGUAAUUUCAAUUUAAGGAGUAUAUUCAUACUCUUGUGAAAAUAUGAUUGAGGUAAGAUUUUUAAUUUGUAUUCCAUCAAGCAGAGAUGGGGGAAGAAAAAUCUUGAUAAUGUAGGUGCCUAAUGCAAAAAGAAUUUCAAUUCUAGCUUUUUGUUUUUGAGAUUUUGCAAAGUACUUCCUGAGUUGUUAAUGUGCAAUUCUUGUAAGAUGAACAUUGCCAUCCAAAUGGUACUAAAGUUGUGAUAUUUACUUAAUUUGUUUUAUUCUUCUUAUUUAUUUAUUUGUUUUUAUUGUUGAAAGAUUUCAAGUUGUUGAAAGACUGUUUACAUAAUUUUGAGUUUAGGCUCUUGAAAACAGGUUUUUAAGAUAAGAUUUAGAUAAUAGUAGCAACUUAACACAGAGAAUUCUAUUCCAGUGUUUUUUAAUCUGAAUGAAUGAAUGUCUUCUGCGAAGUGAGUGCACACACAGGCACAUGCACACACAUUCACAUAUUAUUUUUUAAGAAAUUAGAAUGUGCUUUUGUAUAAGUAGAGAAACUGCUUAUUUUGGGCAGAAACAUCUCAUUAUAGUUAUAUGGUUAUUCAUUUAGCAGAGUUCUUUGAUAUGCUAGUCAUAUAUUUAUGUAUUUAUUUUACUAGUCAUUUGUUUAAAUACAAUGUAUUUUUUAUUAUCAUUUGUUUUUUAAGAUGUGAUAUGCCUGCUAUUUUUAAAUAAGUUUAAUAAUUUUUAAAUGUUUUGUAAAUUACAAAUGAUGUUUUUUAAAAGCUUAUUGAAUAAAUUUUGAUUUUUAAUGUACAGUGAAUGUGUUCAGUUUUAAAUUUCCAGUUUAUACUAUUUGUAUCACAAAACAAUCUGUACUGAAUGUAUACAAAAACUUAUUCAGAAAUUUUAGUAAAAUAUAAUUUUGUUUGA